AUGCCGAGAAGGAUCUCGUAUUUUGAAAUUUUGGACGCAACCAACAGAUUUGAUGAGAGUAACUUACUAGGAAGUGGAAGUUUUGGUUCUGUAUUCCAAGGAAGGCUUUCAGGUGGAAUAAUGGUUGCUGUUAAAAUAUUCAAUUUUUAUUCAGAAGCAUUGUCUAAGAGCUUUGAAGUGGAAUGUGACACAAUGCGUAAUGUGCGUCAUCGUAAUUUGGUGAAGAUUAUUAGUAGUUGUUCCAGUGAUGACUUCAAGUGUUUGAUAAUGGAGUUCAUUCCCAAUGGGAGCCUUGAAAAAUGGUUAUAUUCUCAUAACUAUUGUUUGGAUUUUCUGCAAAGGUUAAAUAUAAUAAUAAACAUCGCAUCUGCUUUGGAAUAUCUCCAUCAUGGCUUGUCAACACCGAUAGUCCACUGUAAUUUGAAGCCAAGCAAUAUUUUGUUGGAUGAUGACAUGGUUGCUCAUGUCACUGACUUUGGAAUUGCAAAAUUUUUAGAUGAAGGGAAAUCUAGGACACUCACGGAGACAAUACCUACAAUUGGUUAUGUUGCACCAGAAUAUGGAUCUCUUGGAAUUGUUUCAACAAAAGUAGAUGUGUACAGCUUCGGAAUAAUACUAAUGGAAGUAUUCACAAGAAAAAGGCCAUCAGAAGACAUAUUUGUGGAUGGGUUGAACUUAAAGAGUUGGCUUCCAUUGAAGAACAACAGCGUGAAGAAUUCGGCGCGUCUCCUCUGCUCUCAGCCGCCGUCCAGCGUCUCCUCUGCUUCGCAGGUUGCGUCUCCUCCCUCUGUGCUUCGGUUUACUCUGUUUCGUUUUCGCCGUUCCCUCCAGCCGCCUCGCGUGUGUGUGUGUUUGUUUGUGCGCUCCAGCCCUUGUGCGCCGCUUGCGUCCUCUCCGUCUCGUGCCUCCUGUUCGUGCCUCCUCCUCAGCUCUUCCUCUGUUUCGCUCCCCGCUACAAUGUCCUUGUCUGAUAGGUACUCAAAUUCGAAUUUAGAUUCAUUUCUACCUGUGAAACUACCUGAGUUAGUUCCCGGAGGGAAGAUCACUCUAUUGCUGAUUCUUGGAGCUAGCUGGUCUGCCCGCUCCAAGUGGAAAGCUGAGCCACGGAUCCUAAGCGAAGGCUCUGAGCCACCGCGUGAGGCUGGUUUCACAGAGCAGCGACGACCUCUUAAUCUUCACAGUGGAAGGAUCACAAGCCGCUGCUUCUCCAGCCCGCUAUGCCUGAAUCUAGACAACAAGAACUGA